UGCAUUUUACAGCACUGACUUCACUUUUGAAACACAUGUUUUGAUUUACUUUUGCGGCAUUUGUGGAAAAAAUGUUGCGAAUUACACAAACUAAAAACACGCUCCUCGAUGGCGCUACUAUAGCAGAUCAAUUAUAUGCGACACCUAAGGAUUGUGAAGAUUUCUUUGAAAGCAUUGAAAAACCCACUCAAGUUGUUCCUGUUCCACGGUCAACCUUUAUACGCGCUGGCGUUCUAACAACAGUUCGCGGCUCUGCGUACAUGGAAUAUGGCAAUACUAAACUGAUGGCAAUUGUAGCGCCGCCGCGCGAAUUGGUUCGUUCAAGUGCUCACCGUGUAAGCAUGGGCGUCAUCAAUUGCUACGUGAAUUUUGCAGCCUUUGCCACUGGCGACCUAGAAUCAGUACCAGAGCGUGAGAAACAUUUGGGCAGCAUGCUAACAAAGGCACUGGAGCCACUUGUCUGUCGCAAUGAGUUUCUCAAUUUCCAGCUGGACAUUCGAGUGCUUAUAUUGGACGACGACGGCUGCCUGCUGAGCACCGCCAUCAAUUGCUGUGGCGUUGCUCUCAUUGAGUGCGGCAUAUCCACAUACGAUUUGAUUACGGCAUCCACGGCAUGCAUCUAUCGUGGCUAUGUGUUUAUCAAUCCCACCGCCAAGGUUGAGGAACUGCUCUGGCAACAUCGAGGUGGCAAUGCUUUGCUUGGGAGCAGCAGCGCGAACAGCGACAAAGAUAAUGAUAUACAGGAGCAUGGCUUGCUUAUCAAUGCCAGCAUGGACAGCUUUGAGCAGCUGGCGCAGUGCCAGCAGUGCGGCUACCUUAAGCCCGAAACCUACGUACGACUGCUCGACUACACGCUGGAGAUCAACAAAUCGCUGAGACAUCUGAUUCGACGCGUGCUCAGCGACCGAGUCAAGGAACAGCACCUACUGGACAUGCGGGAACAGGAGGAGGAGCGCCUGGAGGAUAAGCGUCUCGCGGCAAUUAUUGAAAGGCUGAAGCAACAGGGUCUCCAUGAGUUCAUACAAUCCAAUAUUAAGGAAGACCAGUAUACAAAGAAAUAAAUGAUGCGUCUAGUUUUGUACA